GCUGCUAGCUGUGAUGCUAACUUGACAGCGCAGCUCCUUCUCUUUGUCAGAGGACUGACUUCCGUUUUCAUGUCGGGUCCAGGUUUCUGGAAUUUGCUGUGCACCGACGCUGUGAGCGGUCUCUGCGGGAAGCUGUAGCGGAUGUUUAGUGUCUCAGUGGCCGAGAGAAAGUCCAAACUCCUCGGUUUCAGCCUGACCAGAGUUUCGCGUUCAUUAAUCUGCCUCAUCCUUGGAAAACGCGACUGUUUACCUAGCUAGCUGGCUAGCAUCAGCCAGCUGAGUUAAAGAUCUGAGCAUGUUUCGGUUCUUGAACGACGUUGAUGACGACCCCUACAUGAUGGAUCCAUUUGCGGCUCACAGGCAGCAGAUGAGUCUGUAUCAACCUUUUGCUAUCGACCCUUUCGCUCUUGCCCCCCAGAUGCAGCCACAUCGUGCACCACGUAGACAGGCCGGUCCACUGGCCCCCUUCGGUAUGAUGGGAAUGGGCGGUGGAUUCAUGGACAUGUUUGGCAUGAUGGGAGAAAUGAUGGAAAACGUGGAAAGAAUGACGAGUACACAAAACUGUCAGACGUUCUCCUCCUCGACAGUGAUCUCCUACUCCUCGACAGAUAUAGGGGCUCCUAAAGUUUAUCAGCAGACCCAGGCAACGAGAACAGGCCCUGGAGGGAUCCGUGAAACGCGGCAGUCGGUGAGGGACAGCGAGAGCGGCUUGGAGCGUUGCGCCAUCGGCCACCACAUCGGCCCUCGUGCACACAUAAUGGAGCGUUCGCGAAAUCGCCGCACAGGAGACCGCGAGGAACGGCAAGACUUCAUUAACCUUGACGAAAGUGAGGCUGGAGCGUUUGAUGAUGAGUGGAGGAGGGAGGCAGGAAGGUACGUCCCCCCGAACGCCCGGGCGCUUGAGUACGGCCGCGAUCGAAGGGCAGUAGUCCCCCAGCUGGCUCUUCCUGCCCCUCCUAGCUCGUCACCCCCCCCAGGUCCUCGGCACGAGUCCCCCAGACACCGUCAGCCCCAAGCCCGCCCACGCUACGACUGGUGAGAAGGUGUCACAUUUGACGAGGCGACCACAAAUGGAUUUGAGGGAAGAUUUCCCCGAUGCUGUGAACCAAGUUGAAGACGGAAGUUGAUGAUUGUCACAACUGGCUGUCGUAAAUGUUUGAUAUGACUGGACUGUCUAUAUAUGAACCACAUAUUACACACACACACACACACACACACACACACACACACACACACACACACACACACACACACACACACAACAACCCCCCUACACACACUUGAUAGAUACAUUUACAGUUCAACUGCUCUACUGUGACAUUCAAAAAAACACAAAAAGUGGAUCUCUUGUGCAAAUUGGGAAUAACUACACUCACUUUAUAUUAUACUCGUCCUCAAAACUUUCCAUGUGUUUUUGCCCACUGCACGUAAGUGCUACAGUAUACAGUACAUCUGCUGUACAGUCCAUUUUAUGUUCGUGAAGACACUAGUGUGUCGGUGAAUUGAAUUGUAUACUGUUAACUAAUUAAUCUAACUAAAUAAAAGUUCAUUAAACAUUGUUAGAUAAUUGCAAAAUGUGUGUCUGUUGUGGUUGUGUUUGACGAUCGCAUGUCUUCUAUAUUGACGUGUUUCAUAAAAACAAAUUUCACGAGCUUCAAUAUCAUGAAUACGCAUCAAUACCUGUAAAUCUAUGCUUUUUUUUAAGCCUCAUAAAAUGUAUCAACACUU